AUGUAUUAUACUACUCCUGCAGGUGUAUACAUCAGGGAACUAAAAGAAUCGAAAGAAGUUCAGGAGUACGCAGUCACUGUUGAACCAAAGUUCAAGGAAUUUAGCGGUAUGCGGUCAGCCGAUUUCUCUAUGAACAUUGUUCUCCAAUCGGACGUUGAUUAUGUACAACAUCCUAGCCUCUUCAUGCUGACAUCUGAGGGCAGAAGUUUUACUUUGAAAGUCGAUCCAACUCAGCUCUCUCGUGGGGGUGUCUAUUUUACUGAAGUGAGUAAGCUAUGAUA